AUGAAAUUAACUUCCAUUAAACGCAAUUUACUACAAUCUUUAGAAACUAAAUAUUUGUCAACAGAGAAGAAAAGUCAAUUGAGGCGAGUUUCCGAAUGGAUUUCAAUAAUCUUCUAUUCUCAAUGGAAUUUAAUUGCAAAAUAUGAGCGCGAAGUUGUUUUUGUUCCAUUCAAAUUGGUCACAGCAUUGACCAACCUGGAAGUUAAAUAA